GCACUUUGUGUGUUUUUAGUUUUUUUUUAUAAACUUUGACAGGUUGUGACUGGAGGUGGAUCAAAUGUGAGAUGAUGUGCAGCACAUUUCGGUUGUAAUACGCUUCAAGCCGUGUCAUCUGUGGGAAAGUAGGGAGAGUCUUCCACAUGAUGUGCACUGACAGUCGUCCGCAGCGACGCUGGUGCAAAGGAAAUAGUUGCAAGAAAUGCCAAGCCCCAUGUCUAGCAGCUGCAGCAGACAGCGGUUGGUACAGUACCUCCUGUUUUUAGCUCAAACUUACUGCUUUAGUUGUUAGACUUGGUCUUUUCUGUAAUGUGCAGUUUCCCUGUGAAUCUGAAUCUAAGAAAAACCCAGCAUGGAUCAUUACCCUGUACUUUCAUUGCGUAUGCUUCCUUCUCCUUUUCUGUUUUGUUUCUCUAAAACAGCUGCGUCUGCUAACUGGUCUGAAGCAAGAGGUUUGUACAAAUGAACAAGCCUGAAAGUCAGUAUUUGGCAUGACCGGACCUUUAUUCUCCGUCACAUCCUGUGUCGGGUCUUUGCUGGAUUUCUCCUCCCAAGGCCCGAAAGUGCAAAGUGCUUAAAUUGGUUCUUGGCUAGCUUUCCUGUUAGGGGCUCAUCCUUUGAGUUGGGCAUCUUCUGCAUGCUCGAAUGAUUCACAGGUCAGUGUUAAGUGGACCAAGAAAAACAGCAAAUGCUACGAUGACUGGACUGAAAAUGAGGGAAAAAGCAUCCACACAACAAAAAGAAAAAGCUUUGAAAGAGUGUUUCUCGAGAUGACUUGAAAAACAAACUCCUGCACGCGUUGGAAUCCAAGUGCAAAGAAAUAAGAGGUGACUGGAGACGUUUGCACAGUGCUAUGGAUCCAUUUCAUGAGUGCAUAUUGAAAUAACACUGCAACUCUCUCCUCCUCCUUACUUUGCCAUUCAAUCAGCUUAGAAUGAAUCUAAAAACAAGAGCUCUACCCCCCCGGGAAGUCUGAGAGCCCACUCCCUCACCCCUUUUAAAGACACCACACUGAUAUGCUUCUUGAUGCCGCUCGCCCUCUCUCUCUCGCUCGUUUCUUCGCUCCCUCCCUCUCUCACCUCCCUCUUCCUCUUGCUGGGUGCCAGAGCUCGAGUGCGAGCGAGCUCCAGUUCCUGCUGGCCUACCCACUGUGCUGCUCCUAUGGCGGACUCUCCUCUUAACAACUCCUGGCCAUCCUUCUCCAGACUCUGGAUGAAGAGAUGGUCCUUCAAGAGAGCAUCAGAGAGCAAGCCCUGCAGUCAGCCCUGUGAGCCUCCCAGUGCUCCUCUCAGUGUCCAGCCUACCAGUGCAAAAGGAUCUUCCUCCUCAUUAUCUCCUGCUUCUGUCACUGAGGACGUCUCCUUUGGGUGGACCACUGAUGACCAGGAUGCGUGUUCGGUGGUGAGCGACUAUGACUGCCCCUGCAUCGAGGAGAGCAGCAGUGUGGAGGACUUGCAGAGCAUCAGCCCCUCUCUCAGGGACUCUGAGUACUUAAAAGAUCUGCGGGGAGGUACGCCGACCUCGCAGACAACUGCAUCCACAGUGACCGCAGCCGCGGAGAGCGUCGACCUCCAGGAGCCUCUAAACACAAACAGUCCAGCCCUAAACCGACCUGCACGCUCUUUUCUGAACACGCACUCCCCACACUUAAAUGCACCGUUCCCGUCCUGCGAACAGCCUCCAGAGGAACUUCCUCACAACCUUGUGGUCACUCAGCUCAGUCCUAAGUUGUUACCAGGUGGGUUCACUGAUUGCGAGGACUCUCUCUGUGGAGGCUCUGCAGUAGGGCGGAGCUCGCCAAGUAAUUUGAUCGGAUUGUCAGGAUCAAUGGAAACGGCAUCGACAGCGGCGAUGGAGGGAGCAAAGGACCAGUGCUCAAUAGAUUUUGAUGGAGAGCCAGACCUGGACAGCUUUCCUAUUCUAAUCAGAUCCAUGUCUACAUCUCGGAGGCACAGCUGGGGUGUCCCUCUGUCCCCCAUCAACCUGGGGAGGAGACUCAGUCUCGACACCAAGGCCAUAGACAGUGACGGAGAGAGAGAUGAUGAUGAUGAUGACGAGGAGCGACAGAAUAGUCUUUUCCAGUCCACCUACAGCUGCUCGCCGUGUCCUGAGGAGGACUCCGGCAGUCCUGAUGGCUUCAGCCUGAGGGACCACGGCGAGCCCGGCAGGCAGCUAUACUCCCGCUCAGAGAUCCUUGCUACAGACGAUUGCUCCCGUGCUGCACACAUUUCUCGUGUUGUACAGACGUCCAAACGGGCUGCCAGGGCAGCAGGAGCUGAGGAAUUUGACCCGGAAGAAAACCUGCAUUCUACUGAAGGACAGACGCAUAUGGUGAUGGUACAGAAAGUUCUGCAGGAGCUAAAGAAGUACCACGGAGAGAAGCAGAGAAGCAGCAGAUCAGACGCCAAAGAUUCAGGAAGUGUCACUUGGUACGAGUUCCUCUCUAACGAGAAUGAAGAAGAGGAGGAUCGUAUAGAGAAGGUGGAAAGAGGCACAAAAGUAAAAAGGACUCUGAGCUCUCUCAGGAACAGGAUGACCGGCUCCUUCAAUAAAGACAAGGGUAAGAACCGCGAAAAAGAGCCUCAGAAAGACAAGGUGAAGGACAAGGACAGGGAGCCCAAAGAGAAAAUGUGUGGCAUUCACAGCAAUGGGCAUCAUUUGGUGCCAGGUUCCUUCUCCAGUUGUGCCACGUGCUCGUUGUGCAGCAAGGCGCUGCAGAAAAAGCAUGGCCUGCAGUGCACGAAUUGCGCUGUGAACGUUCACAAGAGCUGCAAGUCUCUGCUGGGGGAGUGCACCAGCAGCAAGAAUAAGAGAGAUACGGUACCGAAGCCUAGCUCAUCAGGAUCUCCUAACCUCGUGCUAAAAGACCGGGACAGAGAGUGGGAUCAGGCAGGCCCGGCCGCAUCUCAGGCCCUGGAUGGCCAUCGAGGUUCGUUCAGUGGCCCAGGCAUGACCAUUAGUGCGUUGGGAUCUAGCGCUUCGCAAACCGCCCUCGCCACCAGCACUUCCACGGCUGCUACCUCCAGCAUUGGCCACAACCUUCAUUACAACAAUAGUUCAGCAUCCCUCCCUGGGGAGAUGGAUGAGACGGACACUCCCCGCUCCAAACGCUACAAUGAAGACGCGAUUUCCCUCGCUCCUUCGACCACCGAGUCCAUCAUUGUAGAAGAUGCUCACUAUGCAGCUGUGCGGGCUGAUCUGGAGUCUGAUGCUCAGGAUUUGGAGGCAGACUCGUGGAGUUCGGCGGUUGAUCAGCAGUAUCUCAAAAAGCACACUAAAGAAACGGCGAAGAGACAAGACGUGAUAUACGAGCUGAUGCAGACAGAGAUGCAUCAUGUGAGGACUCUGAAGAUCAUGCUGCGCGUCUACGUCCGGGAGUUGAAGGAGAACCUCCAGAUGGACGCAGGAAGGCUGGACUGUCUGUUUCCCCGCUUGGAAAACCUCCUCGACCUUCACACAAACUUCCUGUCUCGUCUCAAAGAGCGGCGGCGAGAAAGCCUCGUCCCGCCCAGCGACAGGAACUACACCAUCAACAAACUGGCAGACGUCCUGAUCGCACAGUUCUCAGGUGAAAUCGGAGAGAAGAUGAAGGACAGCUAUGGAGAUUUCUGCAGUCACCACCCUGAAGCUGUCAGCUACUACAAAGAUCAGCUGCAAAACAACAAAAAGUUCCAAAACAUCAUCCGAAAAAUCAGUCACCUGUCUAUUGUGCGGCGGCUCGGAGUGACUGAGUGUAUUUUAUUGGUGACACAGCGGAUUACAAAGUACCCGGUACUAGUUGAGCGCAUUCUUCACAACACUGAAGCUGGUACGGACGAGCAUGUGGAUUUGAGUCGGGCGCUGGGUCUGAUCAAAGACACCAUCGUACGGGUGGACACGUUGGUUAAUCUCCACGAGAAGAGCUCCAGGCUCAGAGAAAUACACCUCAGGAUGGAGCCGAAGGCACAGGGGAAAUUCAAAGACGGUCGUGUCUUUCGGAGGGAGGACCUCGCGCCGGGCCGGAGACGGCUGCUUCAUGAGGGCACAGUCAGCUGGAGAGCUGCUUCAGGCAGACUCAAAGAUAUUCUUGCCGUGCUGCUGUCAGAUGUGUUGCUUUUGCUGCAAGAAAAAGAUCAGAAAUAUGUAUUUGCUGCAGUGGAUAACAAGCCGUCAGUUAUCUCUCUCCAGAAGCUCAUAGUCAGGGAGGUUGCCCACGAGGAGAAAGCCAUGUUUCUCAUCUGUGCCUCUUCCAAUGAGCCGGAGAUGUAUGAGAUCCACACCGCCUCGAAGGAGGACCGAAACUCAUGGAUGACGCAAAUACGACAAGCUGCAGAGAGCUGCCCUCACACUGAGGAAAGGCUGUUCAGUGAGGAAGAAGAGGCGCGAGCUUCCAGGUUUAAAGAAUUUCGAGAACGGCUAAGCCAGAAGGAUGCAGUGAUCACGCAGGCACUGACCGAGAAGCUUCAGCUGUUUGCGGACAUGGCCGAGUCUGUGGCAGGGCUGGAAGACGCAGCGUCGCGCUCCAGACUUCUGCUUCGAGGAGACUUCUCGGACCUCCAGCAGGGGGAGGUCCUGCUCAAAGGAGCUAUCACUGAGGUGGAGAACCUUCAGAACCUGCUGCAGUCUGGAGUGAGGGAGGGGCCUCCUGCACCCGCCAGGUGGGAGGAAGGAAGCGGCUCUGGGGUUCUGCCCAGGCGAGCCGACACCUUUGGGGGCUACGACAGCAGCCCCGCCAUCUUCAACAAGAAUGGCAGUGUGAAGAAGAACUUCUCUGCCGAGUCCAGAAACAGAGACAGGAGUCAAAGAGCCAGCUCUGACCCUCAGCUGAAAGACCUCUGUGGCAGCCACGCCCUGGAGCAGACGGUCGACGAGAGCUCUCCUGCCCGGUGGAAUCGCAUCUGGUCCGACUCGUUCCCAGAGGCUGAAUUCUUUGACAGAGUGCUGAUGCUCUCACAGAGGCUCUACAGUCUGGAGGCCAUCGUUUCGCAGCAGGACAGUCAGAUCGAGCUGCAGCGGGCCUCGCUGACGGAGCGGGCCUCCCUGCCCGGCCGCCACAAGGGGAACGUGCUCCUGGAGCAGGAGAAGCAGCGGACUCUGGCCUUGCAGAGAGAGGAGCUGGCCAGCCUCCACAAGCUGCAGUCGCAGCACCGGCAGGAGCAGCAGCACUGGGAGAAGGAGAGGGAGAGGCACCGCCAGCAGGUGGAGGCUACCGAGGCCAGGCUACGACAAAGAGAGGAGGAGUGCAGGAGGACGGAGGAGCAACUGGCAAAAGAGAAGGAGGAGUUGGACAUGCAGAGGGAGACGUACCAGCAGGACCUGGAGAGACUGAGAGAGUCCACCAGAGCUGUGGAGAAAGAAAAGGAACGCCUGGAACACCAGAAGAAGAUCAAGAGGAAGACCAUUGAGGUGGCUCCCCUUUCUGGAAGUCUAAAUGGAGAUCUCCUCAUGUCCUCCGGGUCCGCCGACUUGCCUCCGAAGCCGCUGGUGCGUGGCAGCAUGUCCGUGGCACAAGCCGACUAUCCGGAGCGUCCCGAGGUGAUAGCGCGACGUGAGACGGGCUCCUCGACUUUGCCGCUAAAGACGGAGGUGCCGCUCCAUCUCUUCAGCACCACCAACCAGCUGCACAAGCCGGUCGGGGUUCAGCAGCAGAUCCCCACCAAGCUGGCAGCAAUCAACAGCAGCAAAGGGAAAGGAAGCAAGAGCGGCAAAGCUUCGCAUCGCACCGACAGCACCGCCUCGCUGGACACGAAGCAGGUGCUCCCACUGAAGCUUUCCACCAAAGAGGACAACGCCCACAAGGUCAAGCGCUCCGUCAGCCCCCACCAGCAGGUCCCGAUGUUGGCCCCUCCUCAGUUGCACACCCAGCAUCACCACGCAGAUCAGCCCAGUUCUCUAGACAACGCUGGACCAGACAUCCAGUCUGCCUCCCACCCUCCAAAUGUUCAGAAGCCCCCCAUGCCUCCUGCACAGUCCCAUCCUCAACCCUCCCUGCAGCCUCCCAGCAUACCUCCCCAUUCGCAGAGCACCGGCGCUCUUCAGUUCCACUCCCCCGUGCAGCCGCAGAGCCUCAAUCCCAGCGCACAGGUUCAAGGGCUCAGCCACAGCCUGCCGCCGCCCUACAAGUUCACCACAGAGGACCUCAAUAAGGAGGAUGUCAUCUUCUUCUGAACUUACGAUAGAGGAAAAAACCAGUCCAGGGAUUGAUCGUCAUCCCCAUUAAACCAUAAGGCCCAUUCCGAAGAGCACCUUCCAUGCAAUCAUGUGAAUGCAGACGCAUUGUUUCAGUAAGGCUGGUGAGGUUUGUUGCAGGGAGGAGGGCUGCUGUGGUUCACACGGAGAGAAAGACGGCGUUUGUUUUUAAUAACCCUCAUCUGGCCCUAAACUGCCAGUAUUAGUGUAAUCGUUUAAUCUUAUUUUAUUUAAGUUUUAGUUUUAUAUCUAAACUUAAUUGGCUGAAUCAUGAAGGAGAGACCUUUGGGGAAACAAAGGAGUGUGAAAAAAAGGUGUAAAUGAAGUUUUAGCGAUCCAAAGACAUUAGCCGUGAGAGCUGAACCAGGACGUGACUGAAAGGAAGAGAAACGGUUGUUGAAAUCAGGACAGUCGGGGAAGCGACGGAGAUCUUACGGCACCUGGAACCACGUGAAAGAAACUCUGACACUGUCUGCUCGAUGUUUCAUUUGCACAGUGUAAAUACUUCAGCCCAGACUGAUGGACGAACGGACAAACUGUGUAGUGUCUGACUGCACAGCUGUUAAAAUGAUGAAGCUUCCUUUCAUUUUGUUAUUUGUCUUAAUUGUGUUUAUUGAUUACGUCCUUGGUUUUUCCUCUUUUUAUGAAAGCCGUCUUGUCUAAGCUGUCGCGUCCUGUUACUUCAUUUCGACCCCGGGGGAGUUUGGCUAAUUGUGCAACUAAUGAAACUCAUGCAGAGUGAGACAAACUCGCAAUCUUUGUCACAUAGUUUCAACUCUUUCCCCGAACGCUGGGUGUUGAAUAACAACAAAUAAAUGUCUCUCCCAUCUUUACGCUCCGUUUGUUGCCGACUCUGAAACAUAACUAAUACAAACUUAUUAGCAUCAGCUUUCAUUUUAAGGCUAUAAUUUUCCACUUAGACAUAUGCAAGAAGCUAACUGAAGAAGUAUGAGUUUGUCUCACCGCAGGAAGCCCCUCCCCGCCCCCCAUCAUCACUUUGAGUCACAUCAGUAUGAAACAUUUGUUAGUGGAGCUCGAGUGGGUGUCCUGUACAUUUCAUGCUGGAAGCUAUUUUAAAAGCAAUCUUUAAACUGCUUUAGUUUUCUUGUCAGUAGCCUGAAUAGAAAAACAAGACAACCUAUUGGAACGUAACGGUUUCAGGAGAGAGGAUGUGGGCUUCAGAUACUGAAAAGUAUCAAAGAAAUAGAAAUAGAAGAAUUGGUUACAAUAUAACCCCGGUUCUCUGAGUAAAGAGACUACCUGUCCAGCUCCAUAUAUAUGGAAUAUACAGGCUGCACAGGGAUUCUUGACUGCAUUUGGUUACAUUGCAACUCGGGUUCUCUGAGUGGACGCAUACGCCCGACAUAUUCCAUAUAUACAGAGCUAGAGAGAUGCUCUGGACACAGUGGAGAGCCGUGUCCUCUGCUGUCUGUCUGGGGAGGAAAAAUGUCAAUCAGCAGUGUCUGUUUGACGCAGACAUAAAAACGUGCUGUAGGUCACAUUCAGCUUUUCCAAUAUCAGAAUUUGAGAUAAACGAUCACACAGGAAUGAAGCGGCUUAAAGGUUCUUUAUUUUCCAUUUCAGUCCACGUGAGUCUUAUUAUUAUUUUUAGGGUUAAUGAAAUUUUAAUCUGUUUUUGAAAUGUUUUUGUCACUCGAGCUCAUUUUGAUGACUUUACAGUUUGUAAGAAAAAACCUGGCGGGUACAUUUUAGCCCGUUCAGGUUUGAGUUUCUGUUGACUGUGUUCUGUAUUUAUUGUUGAAGACGUUUCGUCAGCCUUGUCUUAAAUCUCUGUGCCUGCCUGACAGAAGAGCGAUGCUGUGGCAGCUGUGGAGGCACAGCUAUGCUGUGGUUUGUUCCUCUGCACGCGUGUGGACGUCAGAGUUUGUUGAUCCAAAACGAGCUGGUGUCUGAAGCUGUGAUCACGGGCUCGACUAGGAGCAGGUUUUUGUGUAUAUUAUGUAUAUUAUUGUACAUACUGGUCGCCCUCCUCCUACACGUGUCCGUUAUGUGUAUUUCUGUAUAUACACUUAAAAUACGCACGUGUAUGUACAAUCUGGUACUGUUUCACCUUCCUGAAUGCAGUCUUGGCAGAAAUCACAAUCGUUCAUCAUUUGCUGUGUAAACGAAGGUAUUUAACCAGCGGCGGUACUCUGCCGGUCGGCUCUCUGGUACUAGUCGCAGGUUCACUGAGUUCAUGGAUGAAAUGAUCCACUUGUUUCAGUUGGUUAAACCAAAGAGGCGUUCAGCUGACGGGGCUCGGUGUCGUGCUUUCUAACAUUCACACACAUUCACACUCCGAUGGAUGCAUUGGGGUUAGGAGUAAAGCCAGGAAUCGAACCACCAGCCUUCUGAUCUGUAGAUGACCUGCUCUACCGCCUGAGCUACAGCUCACGUGCCGCCUCAUCUCAAAUAUCGCUUUAGUCACAAAUGAUUCUUUACAUUUUUAUUCACCUGAUAUGUAGUGUGUGAGUUUCUUGUAUUUUUGGACUGACGCUCACGAGUUUGGCACAACAAGCAAGUUCACAGGUUCAUCAGCCAGCUUCUCUGGUGGUUACUUAACAGGUGAGACUCGAUCAUGAAGAUCAUCUCAGCUGAAAAAGCCACUUAAGCUUUGUCACGCUUUUCGGGACGUUUCCUUCGGUCUGCAUUUCUGUUUUCAGCUCGUGUUCGAGUGCUUCGCUUCUGCUCCAGGUCCGAGACGUUAAUGAAACCUCAGCGGGGAGAUGAAGGCUGCCUUGUGGAUCAACUCGAGUCUUAAACGUUGCUUCGCUGUAGUCUCGUUUCUGCUUUCCAACGUGGAGGCCGGUCAGUGGCGUCCCCGUGGACGGUGUGUGUGGAAACAUUUUGAAAUGCAUUUGUUGCUUUGACACAUUUGUUGGACCUGUAACGUGUAAAUACUUGUUUUAUUUCCUCUGCCAACUUUACACUAGUCACUUUGGAUAGUAGCAUACUUGAAAGGGAAAAUGAAUGUUCAGAAUGCGUCUUUGUUGUCAUGUGAACUUUAGUGUCUAAUGACGUUUGUAGCACACAGCAAAACUGAUGCUUUUUUGUACCGUUUAUUUUAUUCACUCUGCGACUUUUAGGAUGACCUGCGGACACAAACUGCUGAAUUAGAAACAUUUAGUAAUAAAAAAGUCUUGAAAUAAUUUUUUUUGUUUGUCCUCUUUGUGCCGCGCGUUUGGAUCAUUGCUGUUUAGUCCAAAGUCGAGCACGCAACUGUGUUUACUGGCUGCGCACGUGCAGCGUAUAAUACUGACUCAUACGCACUUUUAUUCACUGCUCGUCAAAAUAAUCCUGACCACCCAAUUAGCUGGCACCCGUGCCAUCUCCCAGUGUCUCGGAGGUGCCGCGGCGGUGUUACUGACCCUGUGUUUAGACGACUUAAUAACAGUCUAUUCCCAGACGAGGAUCUAUUCAGGUGCUGCGGUUGAGGCUGUUCAAUCCUUUGGUGGACAUCGCUAACAGCGGGGCCGCCAGCUCCUCCCUUAUUGUCGUUCUGGCUGGGAAGACGCUGCAGCAGCGGCCAGUUUUUAUUGUCUGCUGUCAUUAGUGGCUUUCCUCUGUCUCCUCUCGACAAUUAUUUUUCCAGGCUGCUUCCCCUGCGGAGGGAAGCUGCACUUUAAUCUGUCUUUGUUUCUGUCUCAGUCCUUCCACUGCUCUGCCCAAUUCCUGUCUCCCUGUUUCUCCCCCUUCUCUCAUCCAGCGCCUCCAAUCCAUCUCAGCCCGACUGAUUCACAGCUCGGAGGCGGUUUAUGUAAUGCUGUUUGCAGGAAGUCAGGAGUCAGAGCCUGUUCUCACCGCAGAGUUAAACAAAUAGAUGCUCCGCAGAGCCCAGACGACAAACAUCCCUGCGGGCUCAUAAAACACAGACUAAUCUUGGUUUGAUGGACUCUGCGUCGCUGUGGUUGUUGUUCAGUGCGCUGCUUGCUGGAAUGAGCCGUUAGGUCAUCAUGGCUACUUGGAGUCAUGUUUUUGUUGUCAUCACUCAAAAAAUAAUUUGCCUCCUCUCCACCGCCGCUGUGGCAUUAUUACAUCAUCUUCAGUGGAGAGUCCCCACAUUUUGUCACAUAUUGAUUUCUAACAAAGAGAACAUAUACAAACAAAUCAGCUUUUCUUCAACGCAAAAUAUUUUUCAUGAUAAAAGAAAGGAAGCUUCACAAUUUCCCUCAAGCUGCUCUAAGGCCUUCUCUCCCAUAAAUAACUGGGGAAAUAUCCGAUGUUUAAAUUGUUGAGGAAAAUUUACCAUUUUAA